UGAAAUGUUUCCACUUAAAUAACGUAGACUUGACUUUAAAUGUAUUUAGUAAAAAAUGCUAUUACACUUUUUACAGAAAACUGCAAAUAAACUAUUGUUAAGGAAAAUGUCGGAUUACCGGGAUAUAUUUCGAAGGCCGGAAACCCAGAACUGGUUUAAGGCGGCCAUGGGUAUAAAUAUCGCACGUGAAUGCCUGCUCGACAUUGUAAAAGAGGCUAUGCACGAAUUUUAUCAUACCAUCCGUAAAGAGAUAAACCGAAAACACGGUAUUCCGGAGAUCGCUGUCUGCAGUCAAUGUCAAACUCCAAACGUGCUGCCCUGUGAUACCGAUAAUAAGUGCUGCAAAUACAGAAAAUGCAAAUUUCAUGCAAUUUACAAGCCGCAGAAUUGCCCCGGUAACAAUUUAUGUAAUAACAUUUGUAAGGAAAUUGUAGAAAAUUACCGAUUUCGCAAUCGUUCAAAGCCAAAAAGCCAUCAAGGCCCCACAUGGGUAAACACUGAUGCGUGCAAAUGGUGUGUACACUCUUGGCAGAUUGCCAAAUGCUAUCUCUCAAAAGACGGCUACAAAGACGCAAACAAAGCAGAAGAUACCGACUUUAAUGGCAUCGUAAAUGUCAUAUUAAACUGUGAAUUCUUUCAAAGGUAUUUCACGGAAGACCUGACACAAACGGAAAAUGUCUGCACAAAGGCUAGAGAUGUUGGGCGUGACGUUCGCCAUGCGCCCUCAAACGCCAUGACUCAACAGGAGAGUGACCAAGCCAUCGACACUCUAGUAGCGUUGUUGCAGAGCCUAAAACAUGCCGAUCACCAAGGCGCUUCGAAGUCUGCCGUGGACAAAUUAACACAGUUGAAGAACAAUACACUGGCUAUAACAGACGAAGAUGUAACGAAGAUCCUUGAAGCAUUCAAAGAAUGUUUGACAGAAGAAAUCAAAAGAAUUCUCUUAUACGAAAAGGAUAAACUUGUAGUUACAAUGGAGAACACGGGCAAAAGCAUCACUGCAGAAAUCAUAAAAGCUGGAGAAGAACAAAUUGCGAUUAUAAAGAGGACAAAUGAAGACAAUUCAUGCAUAAAAAGCAAACGUGCAAGGAAGGGCUUGGACUCGGAUCAAGAUCCAGGAAGAACUGACAAUGACAUUGCACCGGGCGGAUCGAUUGAGAGUCCAUUUGCAAGAGACAUUCCAUUAUUCAAAAUUAAGGCCUGGUUAAUAGAACAGUACCAGUCGAAGUGUGUCGCGCCGGUGUCGAUGCUGGAUUCUGACAUAGAUGUACCUUUAGAACGGAUCUACGUUCCCCCGUCAAUCAAGAAACUUAAAAGAGGCCAGGAAGAUAGAUGUGGAGGGAUUGAGACGGACAAUACAUCAAGGGGGGAAAACAACAUAGACAUUGAAGACAAUCUGAACGCCAUACAGUCGGUGUAUUGUGAUGGUAAGUCAAUUCUGGACAUCGGUCAUUAA